UAGCGGUGCUCGGGUCCAAGAGCAACAUGGCGGCGUCCGUGAGGGGCUAGUUUUGAGGCAGGAUAGUAUUUGGUGUCGCUGUCUUGGGUGACAGUGACCGAGUGGAACUUUUCCUGACAACAUAACUUAAGGAAUUGUGUUCUGAUAGGCGUCUGGAUUUAGUGACUGGCUGGCCUCUGGCGUCCUCACUAAGGAGCGGAUUCCUGAGCACUGAGCAGGAUGAGCAACAUCUACAUCCAGGAGCCUCCCACGAACGGGAAGGUUUUAUUGAAAACUACAGCUGGAGAUAUUGAUAUAGAAUUGUGGUCAAAAGAAGCACCUAAAGCAUGCAGAAAUUUCAUUCAGCUUUGUUUGGAAGCUUAUUAUGACAACACCAUUUUUCAUAGAGUUGUACCUGGUUUUAUAGUCCAAGGGGGAGAUCCUACCGGCACAGGGACUGGCGGAGAGUCUAUCUAUGGAGCCCCAUUCAAAGAUGAAUUUCACUCACGGUUGCGUUUUAAUCGGAGAGGACUGGUUGCCAUGGCAAAUGCUGGUCCUCAUGAUAAUGGCAGCCAGUUUUUCUUUACACUGGGUCGAGCAGAUGAACUUAAUAAUAAGCAUACCAUCUUUGGAAAGGUUACAGGGGACACGGUAUAUAACAUGCUGCGACUUACAGAAGUAGACAUUGAUGAUGACGAAAGACCACGUAAUCCACACAAAAUCAAAAGUUGUGAGGUUUUGUUUAAUCCUUUUGAUGACAUCAUUCCAAGGGAAAUUAAAAAGCCCAAAAAAGAGAAACCAGAAGAAGAAGUAAAGAAAUUGAAACCCAAAGGCACAAAAAAUUUUAGUUUACUUUCAUUUGGAGAAGAAGCUGAGGAAGAAGAGGAGGAAGUAAAUCGAGUUAGUCAGAGCAUGAAGGGGAAAAGCAAAAGCAGUCAUGACCUGCUUAAGAAUGAUCCGCAUCUCAGUUCUGUUCCAGCUGUUGAAAGUGAAAAAGGUGAUGCAACAGGAGAUUUAGAUGAUGAUGGAGAUGAAAGUGCUGAGCAUGAUGAAUACAUUGAUGGUGAUGAAAAAUACCUGAUGAGAGAAAGAAUUGCAAAAAAGUUAAAAAAGGACACAAAUGCAAAUGUGAAAUCAACUGGAGAGGGAGAAGUGGAGAAGAAAUCAGUCAGCCGCAGAUCAGCUCUUCAGAAGAAAAACCAACUUGAUUUCUGUGUCCUAAAUACAAACAUGAAACUGAGGAUCUUACUGGCUUGAGUUAAGAGGAGAGGGAGUUGGGAAGCUAUGAGGUAUAUUGAUAAAACAAGGUGGUUUAGUCCCUCCAUCAUCUAGCCUUCCCUUCUCAGUUGGUAAUGUGAACUCCAGUGUGCAACUGGAUUCAUAGCUGCCUAGCUGAAAGCAUUUGCUAGUUUCCUUUGUAAUUAAGCAUGGCCACAUUGACCAAGUCUGGCUUAUGAGAUGAAAGAGAAGUAUGUCAGGCAGUUUUUUGGUACCAGGAAUUAAACCCAGGGGUGUUUAAAUACGGAGCAACAUCCCAAACCCAUUAUAUUUUUUAUUUUGAGACAGGGUCUCACUGAGUUGCUUAGGGCCUUGCUAAAUUGCUCAGGCUGGCUUCAAACCUGUAAUCCUCCUGCCUUAGCCUCUUGAGUUGCUAGGAUUACAGGUUUGUGCCACCACACCUAGUCAGGCAGUCAUUUUUAAAGAAAGGAAGGAAGAGGCUAUCCCUCCUUCAUUCCUUUCUCCUCCUGCCAACCUGGCACACAGAUUCAUCUGCUGGAGGUAGGGAUGAGCUAGGGAUGAGAGAGGUAGAAGGAACCUGGAUCCUUGAAGGCUUUGUAGAACCACUACUCCAGCACAAAUUUCUUGCCUGUAGACUUUUUCUAUAUGAGGUAGACUAACCUUCAAGUUGUUCCAAUCACAUUAUUUGGGCUUUCUGUUAUGUGUAGCAGAGCCUAAACCUAAGUGACAAAAUAAGUGCUUUUUUUCAAGAUAGGUCUCCUCAGGUGAGAAUGUGGGCAGGGAGAAAAUGAAUAACUGUUUCUUUAUUUCUGAUAGGUUUCUUAGUUGAUUUUCUGAUUUUUCCUGAAAGAUAAUCACAUUAGUUUAUAAUAUUCAACAUUGCUUCCCCUUCUUACUUUUGGCUGAUCAGCUUGUUAUUCCCUUAGGAAAAUUAGAAAAAAAGAGAACUUGGCUGGGUGCAGUGGCUCAUGCCUGAAAUCCCAGCAGCUUGGGAGGCUGAGGGAGGAGAUCUGCAAGAUCAAAGCUAGACUCAGAAAAAGCAAGGUGUUAAGCAACUCAGCAAGACCUUGUCUCUACAUAAAAUACAAAAUAGGGCUGGGAGUGGCUCAGUGGUCAAGUGCCCCUGAGUUUAAUCCCCAAUACCCACCUCACCCCCCAAUAAAAGAAAGAGAACUUUGUUCAUUUUCGUAACACUAAAUCUACCCAUUUGCAUCUGAGUCCAUAGUCUUCUGGCAAAGGCAGUUCCUUCAUUCUGUGUCCUGGUCUUUAUACCUUUCACUUUCUCACCUGCUUUGUCAUACUUCUAUCCAUUUUACUCUUUCAGCUUGCUUUGUACCAGUGUUGUUAUGCUUCUUGCAGUUCCACAUGCAUACCGAUCUCAUAUCUCUUUUAGGCCUUUGCAUUUUGUGUUACCUCAGUUUAAAACUGCCUUCCCUGAGAUAUUCCUGGUAAUAAUUCCUUCUUUUCAUUCAUUCCCUUGCUCAAAUACCAUAUGAAAGAGGUCUUUUCACACUAUACUGUUUAAAAUAACUCCUUCCAUUUCUAUCAGCAAUACCUAUUCCAGUAAUCCAGGGACAGAUUUAUAAAAUUUGUUUGACUUUCAUGAAUAUAUAUGUAUGUUAGGAUCUACUUCCCUCCAAAC